AUGCUCCUGCUGGGUAUCUUAACCCUGGCUCUUGGCUGGAGACCCGCCGGCGGGUCCGAGCCAGAACGGGAGGUAGUGGUCCCCAUCCGACUGGACCAUGACAUCAACGGCCGCCACUAUUACCAGCGGGGUCCUAAGGACUCCGGGGAUCAAGGGCUUAUUUUUCAGAUCACAGCGUUUCAGGAGGACUUUUACCUACACCUGAUGCCGGAUGCUCAGUUCCUGGCGCCAGCCUUUGCUACCGAGCAUCUGGGCGUCCCCCUCCAGGAGCUCACUCGGAGCUCCCCAGACUUGCGACGUUGCUUUUACUCCGGGGACGUGAACGCCGAGCCGGACUCGUUCGCCGCGGUGAGCCUGUGCGGGGGGCUGCGCGGAGCCUUCGGCUACCGCGGAGCGGAGUAUGUCAUUAGUCCGCUCCCCAACGCUAGCGUGCCGGAGGCGCAGCGCAACAGCCUGGGUGCACACCUCCUCCAGCGCAAGGGCGUCCCCGGCGGGCCUGCCGGAGAUCCCACCUCUCGCUGCGGGGUGGCCUCAGGCUGGAACCCCGCCAUCCUGCGGGCUCUAGACCCGUACAAGCCUCGGUGGACCGGCUUAGGGGAGAGCCGCAGUUGGCGCAGGUCCGGGCGCGCCAAACGGUUCGUGUCUAUUCCACGCUACGUGGAGACGCUGGUGGUGGCGGACGAGUCGAUGGUCAAAUUCCACGGCGCGGACUUGGAGCAUUAUCUGCUGACGCUGCUGGCCACCGCGGCGCGACUCUACCGCCAUCCCAGCAUCCUCAACCCCAUCAGCAUCGUGGUGGUCAAGGUAAUGCUUCUCGGAGACCGCGACACAGGGCCCAAGGUCACCGGCAACGCUGCCUUGACGCUGCGCAACUUCUGCGCCUGGCAGAAGAAGCUCAAUAAAGUGAGUGACAAACACCCCGAAUACUGGGACACAGCCAUCCUCUUCACCAGGCAGGACCUGUGUGGGGCCACCACCUGUGACACACUGGGCAUGGCUGAUGUGGGCACCAUGUGUGACCCCAAGAGGAGUUGUUCUGUGAUUGAGGAUGAUGGGCUUCCAUCAGCUUACACCACUGCCCAUGAGCUGGGCCACGUGUUCAACAUGCCCCACGACAACGUGAAAGUGUGUGAGGAGGUGUUUGGGAAACUCCAAGCCAACCACAUGAUGUCCCCCACGCUCAUCCAGAUUGACCGUGCCAAUCCCUGGUCAGCCUGCAGUGCUGCCAUCAUCACCGACUUCCUGGACAGUGGGCAUGGUGACUGCCUCCUGGAUCAACCCAGCAAGCCCAUCACCCUGCCCGAGGACCUCCCAGGCAUCAGCUACACCCUGAGUCGGCAGUGCGAGCUGGCCUUCGGCGUGGGCUCGAAGCCCUGUCCCUACAUGCAGUACUGCGCCAAACUGUGGUGCACCGGCAAGGCGAAGGGGCAGAUGGUGUGCCAGACCCGCCACUUCCCCUGGGCAGAUGGCACCAGCUGUGGCGACGGCAAGUUCUGCCUCAGAGGCACCUGCGUGGAGAGACACAACUUCAGUAACUACCCGGUGGACGGUUCCUGGGCCAAGUGGGAGCCCUACGGGGCCUGCUCCCGCACCUGUGGCGGGGGUGUGCAGCUGGCCCGGAGACAGUGCAGCAACCCUGCUCCUGCCAACGGUGGCAAGUACUGCGAGGGUGUGAGGGUGAAAUACCGGUCUUGCAACCUGGAGCCCUGCCCCAGCUCAGCCUCUGGUAAGAGUUUCCGGGAGGAGCAGUGUGAAGCGUUCAAUGGCUACAAUCACAGCACCAACAGGCUGAGCCUGGCUGUGGCCUGGGUGCCCAAGUACUCAGGCGUGUCUCCCCGGGACAAGUGCAAGCUCAUCUGCCGAGCCAAUGGGACUGGCUAUUUCUAUGUGUUGGCACCCAAGGUGGUGGACGGCACCCUGUGCACACCCGACUCCACCUCGGUCUGCGUGCAAGGCAGGUGCAUCAAGGCUGGCUGCGACGGGAACCUGGGCUCCAAGAAGAAGUUUGAUAAAUGCGGGGUGUGUGGGGGAGACAACAAGAGCUGUAAGAAGGUGACAGGAACCUUCACUAAGCCCAUGCACGGCUACAAUUUCGUGGUGGCCAUCCCCGCGGGCGCCUCCAGCAUUGACAUCCGCCAACGUGGCUACAAAGGGCUGAUCGGAGAUGACAACUACCUGGCCCUGAAGAACAGCCAGGGCAAGUAUCUGCUCAACGGGCACUUCGUGGUGUCGGCUGUGGAGCGGGACCUGGUGGUGAAGGGCAGCUUGCUGCGUUACAGCGGCACGGGCACUGCCGUGGAGAGCCUGCAGGCCUCCCGGCCCAUCUUGGAGCCUCUGACGGUGGAGGUCCUCUCCGUGGGGAAGAUGACGCCACCCCGGGUCCGCUACUCUUUCUAUCUGCCCAAGGAGCCUCGAGAGGACAAAUCGCAACACCCCAAGGACUCCCAGGACCCCUCUCUGCUCCACAACAGCGUCCACAGCCUCUCGAAUCAAGUGGAGCAGCCAGAGGACAGGCUCUCUGCUCGCUGGGUGGCAGGCAGCUGGGGCCCUUGCUCUGUCAGCUGUGGCAGUGGCCUGCAGAAGCGGGCAGUGGACUGCCGUGGCUCCCCAGGGCAGCGUGUGACUUCUGCUUGUGACGCGGCCCAUAGGCCAGUAGAGACUCGCGCUUGCGGGGAGCCCUGCCCCACCUGGGAGCUGGGCGCCUGGUCGCCUUGCUCCAAGAGCUGUGGCCGGGGAUUCAAGAGGCGCCCACUUAAGUGUCUGGGCCACGGAGGGCGGCUGCUGGCCCGGGACCAGUGCAACCUGCGCCGGAAGCCUCAGGAACUGGACUUCUGCAUCUUGAGGCCGUGCUGAAUAGGGUCAGCCCUUCUUUUUCUCACUCUGCCCAUCGGUGCUGCCAGUGUCCUGGCUGGCUGGAAGCAUGGGCAGAGGGCAGGGGCCGGUUGCCCAUGCCAUGGUGUCACCACAUCCAGGGACAAGGACCAAGGCAGGGGCCGAGGUUCCCGCCUCCUCCCUGGCCUGGGCAGGGAAGCUAGUAAAUAAUGCACAGUCUACCUCACGCCCGGCUCCUCCAAAGCCCAGUCUCGGGGAGAGGCUGAAUGGUGCAGUGCUGGGUGGAAGGCUCUGGGGCCCAGUUUCUGAGGAUCUGGAGGAUGGACAUCUCCCAGGCAGAACUUCAGGGACCUUGGCCUCCAUCAGGGAGACCACAGGCUGCUGGAAGAGCCAUGGCUCAGUGGCAUGGCACCCUCAGGUGGCCCCAGGGGCUCUGAGCCAUCUCUGAACAGGGCAGGUUUUUAUGGUGCUUUUGGCCCACCAUCUUUCUCUGACUGACAUGGACUGAACAUUAAAAAUGGGGGUGGGGGCAGAAACGGAGAGGAGAGCCUGGGCUGACCCAUUUGGGAAGAUGUGUGUGUGGAGACACUAUCUGGGUGGUCCAGGAUGUGUCUAGUCGGAGGGCAGGCGCUCAGGUGUCCUCUGAGGCUCUGCUGGUAGAGACAGGAAGUGACUAGGGAGCUCAUUGUCUUCUUCAAGUGGGUCUGGCUAGUAAAACAAGAUGCCCAAACUUAUAAGGGGUGUUGGAUUCUGUGACUGAAGCGGGGGGUUUGAGGCGAGUUCUAGGAGGUUUUAUUGUCUUUGGGGCUGGGUCAGAGCUUUGGGGGGAUGUCAUCUUGGAUGGGAUGAAGUUCCGAUGGCUUCUUCCUCCAGAGAGGCAGGCAUAAGUGAAGCUGACUCCUUUGGCUCUUUGUUCCCUUGGACAACCUUCUAAGUGGCCACAGAGAUAUACCCACAAGUGGGAGCUUGGGAUAUGUGUAGGAGGCUAGGUGUCUGAUGCCCAUGCACCUGGAGACUGGGCUUCGACUGGACAGUUACAUGCAGUCUGGGCCUGGCACAUCCAUCACCUCCCAGGCUUCUGCAGUUGGAUAACGGGGUUCAUUGUUUGCUACCUCAGACUAUGCUCUCUGGGAACCCACCGCUCUCCCUUUCUGGGAUAGUGGUGACCCUGGUGCUUCCAGCAGACCUAGCUGCUGUCCUCUGUAGAUUGAGCUGCCCCCAGCUUGAAUAUGAGUGUGGAUCCCUCACCCCUAUAUCCCACCACCUGCUGGUGCUCCAGAUAACGACAAAGCCUUUUUCUUUAGGUGCUUGGGGACUGGUUCAGAAAGCGCUAUGAAUCAAUGACCUGACCUGGGGUUACUUGGCCGUCACCCGUGGUUGUUGCUGGAGAAGAGACAUGUUAGGGCAUUUUCAAUAUCUCCAAGUGGAAAGAUGUUUGGGGGUACAGAUUCUUUGGCCAAGCAGAAUAUUUCUGAAAGAUGCAGCUGCCACAGAGUGUACUUGUGAGAUUUUGCUUUUGAGUAGGUAAUAAGUUCCCAACAUCAAUGAGGUGACCUCAGAGCCAGUGACUUUCCUGGGGAAAGGGUUCAGUCCUUUGUUCUCCUCUGAAAGAAUCACAAACCCACCAGCCAGCCAGGCAAGCCUCUGGGUUGCUGUUCUAAUCCCAUUCUAACCCUGGGUGAGUCCUGAAUGGAGUUUGGGUGAAGGGGGUACAGAGGGCAUGUGGGCCUCUGAGACAGGGGUGCUGUUGCCCUUGAAAAGCAGAAUGAGAGUGUGCCUGCCUCCCCCUAUUGAGAACACUGUGGGGUUGCAGGGUCAAAAGGGGCUCAGGGCACCAGGGCAGAUGGGACCCCCGAGUGUUGACGACAGCACUGUGCCCUGUGCUCGGCACACCCAUUCUGGGUGGUGCGUGGCAUGGGAACUGUGCAGAAGGGACGGGGGAUGGGCGGGAGGGCAGGGAGCGGCCAUCACCGGGGGUCACUGGCCCCCGAGUAGAGUGGCUUUCCACAUCUUUUCAAGGAGGGACAAGCAACCUUGUUCCCGACACAGCUGGGUCUCGAUGCCCUUUUCUGUCAUGGUGUUUUCCUUCUAAAAGAAAUCUGACUGGGACCCCUUGGCAGGGUUACUUCACUAGUCCAGCCUCACCCUCCCAGACUCAGCGGAGUCAAGUUUCACCACACAAGUUUCUGGUGAUGGAAUGAAAUGUUCAGGUGGUAUCUCAUGACUGCGGAAGAAGAGGGACGUCGGGCGCUCUAACAACUUCUUUCAUGGGGUGCGUGGAGCAGGAGGGGUCCAGGCUCUGGAGUCCCCUGCCUCCUCUGCCUCUCAAGCGCACUGAUGGAGACUCCACCCUGGGCAAGCUGUGUGGGGGCUAGGAGUGGAGCAAGUGGGGGGGGCGUGAGCAUGCCCAGCCCGAGAGCUGGCCCCCGAAGGCACUCGACACUGUCACGGACAGAGGCUCCCUUGGGCUUGGUGGCUCUUUAGCAUUCCGCGCACUGUAGAGGAUGGGCGGGACCUGGGUACUGGCUGGGCUGUGUAUACUGUGUAUACAUGGGAGUCGGCUGC